AUGACAGAUCUGAAACUAAUAGAAGAUAAGUCUAAAUUGGCGAUUUUAUAUUUUAAGUCACAAGAAUAUGAAAAAGCCUUGGGUACUUAUAAUGUGUUGAUCAAUCAAUUAAAAAAUCUCCCAAAAUCAACAAUCAGACAAAUCAGAAAGGACAAUAAUUUACAAGAAUCACCUAUUGUUGGUCCAACAAUACAUCCCAAACUAGGUUCUUUAAUUGAUCAAAGGGCAGCAACGUAUGAGAAAUUGGGUCAGAUAGCAAGUGCUUUAAAAGAUGGUAGAGAGUUGACAAAACUAGAACCUAUUGGUUGUAAAGGAUAUUUACGAACGGGGAAACUAUUACUUGGAAUGAAUAAAAAAGUUGACGCCUAUAAAUGUUAUCAAGAAGGAAUUUAUAUUAUUGAAAAGGCUAUAAAAGAUUACAAUAUAAAUGUUCCUGAGAAGUUGUUUGCGUCAUUGAAAUUGCACUACCGUGAACUCAAUAGAGAAUUAAAACAAAAACGACGCACAGAAGAUGAAUACAAGAAAGUAGUGAAGAAAACUAGAAGAUCUACUGAUCCAUUUGUGCAUUUACCUAUUGAUAUAAUUGAAAUUAUUUUCCGAGAUAUUCCAAUGAAUCACAUACUACGAUUGCACCUGGUGUCUAAGCUCUGGUAUUAUACAUUAACAUCUAUUCCUAGCUUGUAUCUGUUCAAAUGUAAAUCUAACAUUGCAUUGAGUGAGUUUAUAAGUGGUGCCAAAUUGUUUAAAAAAAUAAGUUCUCAUUCAACGUCAAAACUGAUACAGCAAAUUAAAGUAAACCAAGUCACAACCAAAGCACAUUUUCUCAAAGUACUUGAAGUGUUGAUCCGUGAACCAGGGAUGUUGGUUAAGAAUCUUGAUUUAAUUGACAAGAAUUUCAAUCUACAGUUAUUUUAUCAUUUGGUUUCGAAAUUUGGAUGGAGGUGGGGUAAUUUGAGAAACUUGGAGAGUUUGAGAAUUGGAAUCAAUUGUAGUAUCAAGUAUGGACGAGUAUUGUUGAAUAUGUUUAAGAAAUUAAAAGUACUUGAGAUUGUGAUUCUUCAGGGAGAGAAAAGUUCAUUGGAUUUAAUACCUAUUCAGGAGAAAAUGUUUAAAAAACUCAAGGAUCUUGAAGUGGAGGAGUAUCCACUUGAAAAAUUAUUACUUGUUAAUCAUACGAAGCUUUUGUUAAACAAUCCUAAUCCAAUUUCUGCACAAACAUACAAUCCAUAUCCUAUUUUUUUAGAUAAGAAUUUCCCAGCAUUGACGGAGUUGACUCUUGUUUCGUUUGAUUUUGCAACCACAUUACCUGAAUUUGGUGAAUUUCUAACAAGAAUUCCAAAGUUGACCAAACUCUAUCUAGAAAACAAUCAAAAUAUAAAUAUGUUGAUUUUCUUGCAAAUGAUUAUUAAUUAUAGACCCGAGUUUAAGUUGCAAGAAUUUACGUUUAGAGAGUCCUGUGCGAUUUCACCGAUUUCGUUGACUGAAUUUAGACUUGGUGAUUUGCACCAAUUCAAGAAUAUCUAUAAAUUAGAUUUAUAUAAAAAUUGCUUAUCAGUUACUGGCUUAUUAAAGUUGUUGAAAAUAUGUGGUAGAUCAAUUCGAAGUUUACAUAUUGGUCACUCACAUUACAUUUCGUUUACCAUCCAUUCACAACGAAUGAUUUCAUUGUAUGAUAUUCUCAUCAAGUGCCCGUUGUUGAACCAAAUAUACCUCAACGAUAUGGAUAUUGAUCAAGCAGCCAUGAUACAGAUUAACAAAGAUUUAGAGAAAAUCUCUAGUAAUUUCCAAAUGUUGGAUUUAAGUUUUAACAAGAUUGAUGGGAUCAGUUUAUUGAGAAUGUUUGAUAAAAAAUUGAUUGUUAAUCCUAUUGAGGUGUUGGUAUUAAAUGGCAUGGAGAUUUCCACAGACACUAUACAGUAUUUAAUCAGAAAGAGAUAUGUUAAGAAUGUAGUGUUUGACAAGUCAAGGAUUAAAUGGCAAGUCUUUGGUGUCAACAGUUGGGUACAAUAA